UUAAGGUUCUGUUUUGACUACCGGUAUCAAAUAAGUUUGUGUCAUGAAGUUGACCUUACUUUUUUUACCGAAAAAAGUAGAUACCAGUUCCGAGAGGCUAAACUAUAGUAGGUAUAAGUAGCUGCGUUAGGCUGGGUUAGGUUAGGUUAGCUUGAUAUCAUAUUAAAAUAAUUAGUAUCUCUAAAACAUUUCCGUUAAAACUCGUUUUAUUGUAAUGCUACCGUAUAGCUAUCAACACACUCCCAAAACAAUUUAUUGAAUUACACAUUGAUGUUCUAGAGGUUUGUUUGAACGUGUAUUCGAUAGGUUGUUGCUCCUGGAAUCCCUAAAGGUUAUCGUGCCAUCUAAUUUAAAUGCUGUCCUAUUAAAUGCAAUAAGAAAUACAAUCAAUCACGUUACGCUAUAUAAAAUCACAUCGAAUGGAUAAUCAAGAAAUAGUAUUAGUGCACCUCUUGUAACGUUGUGAAACGCUUUAAAAUACAGUAAGAAGAUGAGUAAAAGCGAAAGUUAUAAAUUGGAUGAACUUGAUAAAGAACAGAUUCAGAUGUUAAGAUCUACGUUUAAUGUAUUUGACGUAGAUAGAAAGGGUUACAUUGAAACUGAUAUGAUUGGAAUAAUUUUGGAUCUCUUAGGAACACAACUUGAUGGAGAUGAAUUGGAGUGUGUCAUAAAUGAAAUUGACGAGGAUGGAAACGGUGAAGUGAGUUUCGAAGAAUUUGCGAACCUGGCAGCUCGUUUGUUGGUGGAAGACGAUGAAGAUACGGAAGCUAUUCAACAUGAAUUAAAAGGCGCAUUUCGACUAUACGACAAGGAAGGAAACGGCUUCAUUACUACCGACGUGUUAAGGGAAAUAUUGAAAGAAUUGGAUGAAAAACUAAGUGACGACGAACUUGACAACAUGAUCGAAGAAAUAGAUGCAGAUGGAUCUGGCACAGUAGACUGGGAAGAAUUCAAAGCCGUAAUGAUUGGAUGAAUCAUCAAUUGCAAAAAGGAUCCUUCUGAAUCAAUAUUGCGAGUCUUUUUAUAUUUAUU